AUGUGCUACAAACUCGUGGAACGAUUCGCAGCUUGUCGAUGUCUCUACUUCCAACACGCGGUUGACCCGUGUGAAGCCUACGGCCAGCGCGGCCACUCGGUCCAGGAGAAAGUUGUCCUGGUUGGAUACGCUUGCGAUAAGCACUCGAUCACGUUCAAUGGUGGC